AUGAUGCGCCGGUCCAUGGAACGCACGCAGCAGCUGGAACUAAAGAAGAAGUGUUCGUGGGGAGGAUCAAUGGCCUCAGGUCCUGGAGGACGUGAUGCAUGUGACAAACUUUCAACAUCAACCAUGAAUUUGCCAAAGCAGACAGAGCCCCCCAUGAGUAAACGCCUGUCUUCAUCUACCGUGGCAGUAUCCUGUUCCCCAGACCGAGCUCCUGCUAGCCCUCUUAAAUCUUCAUACAAGUCUUCUCCUACCCGAACCACUGAAAAGAAGAAGAUUACAUCUACAUCUGCAUCUGGUGUAGGAGAUGCUGGGAAGGGAGCCCUGACAGGAGCUGAGACCUGUCUGAUGGACAAGGUGAAGAGGGGGCAGCGAGCAACAGCUUCUCUUCCCACUGGGGCCCUUGGGUCCCCACUGAGAAGAUGUGAAUUUUCUGGAGGCAUUUCUAAAAGGUCGUCUUCUCCUGUGAUAUCCAA